AAUAAAUGAGGGCUUUGGGUUGUCAUAGAAUAAUUUAAAUGGAAAAUUUUAGAAGGCCUAAUUUUGAGCUUGUAGCCGACAUUAUUUUUUGGUUAGCUUAAAAAUAUGAUCCAAAUUAGGACAUCUCUGAUAAAAUUGACGAGGAGGUAAAAAAUAAAUUAAAACUCAGAGUCACAGAGUAGAAUUUAUUAAGCAAAUCACUUGUGAGUAAGGCAAGGCUUAAAGUAAACCCAAAAUGAUUAUAUAUGGCUGAUGUUUAUGCAGUCUAAGAAAUUUUGAAAAUCUCAACGUUCUUGUAUAAAGCUUAAGCAUCUCCAUCUGCUGAUGUAGAAGAGAUUCAUGAUUUUGUAAAUAAAUCUUUGAUUAUCUAAAGUCCCUCCCAUCGAAAUUAAGUAAUAUUAAAAGUCAUAAAAUAUUGACUCAAGAAAUUACUGCUCUUUCCACAAGACUAUAUGAUUAAUUGGGGAAGGAGGAUGAAGUCAAAAUAGCUAGAGUAAGAAUAACAUGAUAAUUAAUAGGAAAAUGCUUUAAAAUUUUUGUCUAAUGUCUCCAGAGAAGGAAAUUCUCAAUCUGAAUAAUCUUAAAUCUAGAAAUACAUCUAAACCAUAUUGAAAUAACAAGACUAAAAUAUUAAGGAGAUGUCGAAAUAUGUGGGUGCUUUAGAAAGGGAUCAAAAAUAGUUGGAUGAAAAGAUAAAGAGAAAAACAAAAGAACUAGAAUAAGCAGAGAAAAGAUUAAAGGGUAUGACAAGUAUUAAACCUGCUUGUUAAGAAGAAUAUGAUAGAUAAGAAUAAGAAUCAGAAAAGUUUUAUCAAGUAAUAGGAUUUAUCAAUUGUUUAGAUUUAUGUAGAGAAACUUAGAAAUCUAGUUUAUUUAGAGCAUGUCUUAGAUUAACAAAUUAGGAAGGAGGAAUUAGAGGAAAGGAGGAAAGAUGAAUUAGCAAAAAAAUGGAAUAUAGAAAUUUAGGGACAAAUGUAUAUUGAAAUGAUGGGAGAGAAUGAUGAAUAUGUAGAUUAAUAGGGAAGAGAUUCUUGGUUAAAAUCAAGUAAUAGGAAAGGUGUAAUAAUGAUUUUAUGAGAACCUAAUAAGGUGGAUUUAAUAAAUAAU